AUGUCUGCAAUUCCAACUUCCACCUCGGUGUCAGAAUCAGCUGUUAUUCCAGCCCAUUUCUCUGAUGUAUGGCACUUGAUCAAGUUGCAGGACUUCUCGAAAUGGUGGUCUGCACUGUCCAAGAGCGAAACACUUGAAGGAUCAACUUCACCUGAAACAGACGUUGUGAGAUGGACAUUCACAGAUGGUACAUCAUUUGACAUCAAGCAGGAAGAGCAUUCUACAAUCAAUCAUUUCAUCACAUAUAGUGUUGUCUCUGCAAGCACAGAUAUCUCUUACACUAGCGUCCUCUCUACAAUCCGCCUGCACGAGAUCACUACGGGUAGCAACGAGGGCCAGACGUUUGUGGUGUGGACUGCCAACUUCUCGAAUGAUGCUGGAGCAGAUGUGAUUCAGGAUGCGAGGUAUAAGAGAAAGGAGGCUUUGGCUGAUCUGGCAAAGGCUUCUAGCAAGAAGUAA